AUGCCUCGGCCACCGUCGCCAUCCAUCCCAGAGAAAGAGUUUUUGUAUGCGUCCUUGAAACAAUCCUUGCGUGUAGAUGGCCGAAAUCCACUGGAAAUGCGAUCUCCUACACUUACUUUCGGGUCCGAAUUAGGCUGGGUUGAAUGUGGGAUGGGGAAAACUCGUGUGAUGGCCCAAGUGGAUGCGAGGAUGGUGAAGCCUCCGCCAGAACGUCCACUAGAGGGGAUCAUCACUAUCCAUUCGGAGCUAUCGCCCAUGGCGUCGAAUGAGUAUGAAGUCGGUCGUCCGUCGGACGAAGAAGUGACUAUCACACGGAUGCUAGACAAAGUGCUACGGCGGAGUGACGUGGUGGAUAAGGAGUCGUUGUGUGUUUUGGCAGGACAAAGGGUUUGGCAUAUCCGCUUAACGAUACACUGUCUAGCCGACGCCGGGAACAUGCUCGACUGCGCAUGCCUAGCCGGAAUCGUUGCGCUGAAGCACUUCCGUCGUCCAGAAGUUGAAGUUGUUGGAGACGAGGUGACUGUUCAUCACCCUUUAGAACGCGCCCCGAUGCCCCUCUCCAUGCACCACACACCAUUCUGCCUUACCUUCGCAUACUUCCCCGAUCCAUCCACUCUACCAGUCCUCGAUCCAUCUCAUCUCGAACAACGUCUUAGCACCGGUCUUCUUUCUGUCGCACUGAAUGCUCAACGAGAAUUAUGUGUGGUACAAAAAGCUGGGGGCAUACCCCUCACUCCAGAAGAGAUUCUGAGAAUAGUGAAUAUUGCAGUAGAGAAGGCGAAGGAAUUGGAUAAGAUCGUGGAAACGAGAUUGAGAGAGGACUGGGCGGGACGCACGGUUGAAGUCCGGUGA